AUGGCAUUGGAGUCGAACAGCGACCCGGUCCUCUUCCCGGCUCCAACUCCAGCACUGUCCAUUGUCCACGGCAGCGCCGACGUCCCCUUGGUGGACUUUACACUCGGAGAGCUGCUCGACUUCCAGUGUACCAAGUACGGGUCCAACGAGUGCUUGGUCGUGCCAUGGACCGGGGCAAGAUGGACCUACGAACAUCUGCGACAGGAGAGUGUCUGGCUCGCCCGGGCUCUGGCUGCCCGUGGCAUUCGUCCUGGUGACCGGGUUGGCUUGAUGGCGGGCAACUGCGAGCAAUACGUGUCGGUGUUUUUCGCCUGCAUGCGACUUGGUUGCGUGCUGGUCAUUCUGAACAACACCUACACUGCCUCCGAAGCGCGGUAUGCUCUGGAGUUUACCGAGUGCAGGAUUCUCUUCACCACCACCCGGAUCAGCUAUCACGACAACCGGCGGCUUCUUCUCAGCCUGACGGAGAAUUCGGGGCCCUUGGAGGAAAUUGUCAUCCUCCGGGGGUACCCCGGCCAAUUCACGUCGUAUACGAGCCUGGUCGAGAGCGGAGCGGCGGAGUCGGGCGAUAUUCUGGCCCAGCUCUCGCAACAGUUCAGCACCCAUGAUGUUUGCAACCUUCAGUUCACCAGCGGCACCACGGGAAAUCCCAAAGCGGCGAUGCUGACCCAUCACUCGAUUGUCAACAAUAGUCGCUUCAUCGGGGACCGGAUGGCGUUCACGGAAGACGACGUGCUCUGCUGUGCACCGCCCCUGUUCCAUUGCUUCGGUCUUGUUCUCGGGCUGUUGGCCGUCAUCACUCACGGCGGCAAGGCCGUGUACCCGAGCGAGACCUUCGACGCCGCUGCCUGCCUGAAGGCGGUCUCCGACGAGCAGUGCACCGGCCUCCAUGGCGUGCCAGCCAUGUUCGAUUCCAUCUUCAGCCUCCCGCGGCCCGACGACUUUGAUUGCUACCGACUGAGGACGGGCAUCAUUGCCGGGGCGCCCGUACCCAAGCACUUGAUGGAGCUUCUCUUCAACGAGCUGGGAAUGACCGAGUUCACGAGCAGCUAUGGUCUGACUGAGGCGUCCCCGACAUGUUUCAAUGCAUUCCACGAUGAUCCGAUCGAACUGAAGCUGGCGACGGUCGGCAAGGUGAUGCCCCAUGCUCACGCCAAGGUGGUGGACCGUGACGGCAAGAUCCUACCGAUCGGCCAGCGUGGCGAAUUGUGUAUUGCCGGGUACCAGCUACAGCGCGGAUACUGGCGGAAUGCGGAGAAGACGGCUGAAGUCAUGAUCCGCGACGACGACGGCGUGCUGUGGCUGCACACGGGGGACGAGGCCGUUCUCCACGAGGACGGGACCUGCACCAUCACCGGCCGGUUCAAGGACAUCAUUAUCCGAGGAGGAGAGAACAUCUACCCACUUGAGAUUGAAGAGAGACUGGUGGAGCACGAUGCCAUCGAGAGAGGCAUCGUGGUCGGCGUCAAGCACGCUCGCUAUGGAGAAGUGGUCACGGCCUUUCUCCAGCGAGCGACGAAUGCGAAUGCCGCCGCGGGUGGAAGGUAUACCCAUCUCAGCGACGACGGGGUGCGCGAUUGGGUUCGAAUGAAGCUGGGACGACAUAAAGCUCCCGCGCACGUCUUCUGGCUGGGCGAACAUGGCAUUCCCGCCACCGUCCCGUUGACGGGCAGCGGGAAGGUGAGAAAGUUUGAGCUGGCGCAGUUGGCGGAGCAGAUUUUGUCCAAGGACCGAGCGAGGCUGUGA